AGAGGAGGAGAGAGCGAGCGAGAAAGGAGCAGCAAGCAGCUACACUUUACGUCCCCUUUUACUUCCUUUCCUCUUUUCACUUGUUUUCUGCCUAUUCGAUACCCCCCAACACUCGCGUUUACCCCAACAAUUGUGACUAUCGUUAGCCACUACAGAGUCAAGAUGAGCCAUUGCAGGAAGAGAUGCAAGCGACAGCUGACCAAAGUCUUUCGAUUUUUCUACCGCUUCCUCACAGGGACACUCGAGAAAGACAGCGUAGAAGACGACUUUGAGUUGUCCACUGUGUGCCAUCGACCAGAGGGUCUGGACAAACUACAGGAGCAGACCAAGUUCACCAAGAAGGAACUACAAGUUCUCUACAGGGGCUUCAAGAAUGAGUGUCCAAGUGGAGUGGUGAAUGAGGAUACAUUUAAAACCAUCUACUCUAAAUUCUUCCCCCAGGGUGAUUCGGGUGCGUAUGCACAUUUCUUGUUUGAAGCCUUUGACACUAACAAGAAUGGAUCAGUUAGUUUCGAGGACUUUGUGAUUGGUCUGUCUAUCAUUCUGAGAGGAACGAUAAAUGACCGGCUGAACUGGGCCUUCAACCUGUACGACCUGAACAAAGAUGGCUGCAUCACCAAAGAGGAGAUGAUGGAUAUAAUGAAGUCUAUCUAUGAUAUGAUGGGGAAGUACACAUAUCCCUGUAUGCAGGAUGAGGCACCCAGAGAACAUGUGGAGAGCUUCUUCCAGAAAAUGGAUCGUAAUAAUGAUGGGGUGGUCACUAUUGAUGAGUUCAUCGAGUCAUGCCAAAAGGAUGAGAACAUCAUGCAGUCCAUGCAGCUGUUUGACAACGUCAUCUAGGAGCCUCUGACAUAGAAAAGGGGCUGAAGAACAGGGGAGGUGUGAGUGUGCGCCUGUAUUUGUGUGCUUGUGCGCGUGCAUGUGUGUGUUGUGGGGGGGCUCUGAGAGGGGCUUGGACAU